CAUUCAAGUUUAUGGUUUUAUGGUCGUUGGCUUGACGGUGACGCUUCCAUCGUGCCUCCAUCUGGCCGGAAUCAUUGCAAAACUCGGCUUUUUUAAAAGCAGCUUCCCGUUUAAAUAACAGCCGUUAUUUUAUUGUCCCGGAAAACCCCUUCACCUCCUCUCAUUUUCUUUUCCCCCACAAAAGUUUUGCUUCUUGUUUUGGUAUCGGAUUUUCUCGCCUCGAUUUCGUUCGGGGAUUCGAGGGUCUCGACCAUCGCGGUGCGGAGCUCUGGGGGAUUUGGCGAGGUUUUCCGGGGUUUCCCCUUGAUCUCGGCGGAGAGAGUGAAUGAAGGCGAUUAUUGUUCUGGAUCUAGGGUUUAGAUGAAACCCUGGGUCGAUGGCGAUGAGGGGAGUCGAUUUCAAGUGGUACGAUGGGUUCUUCUUGUCGAUGCUCGCCACAAGUGUAAUCAUUGUUUCGAUCAACUGGAAAAGGUACCAUCUGUGUACCCAUCCGUUGCAUAUAUGGAUUGUGGUUGACUAUACCACUGUCUUCAUAUUUCGGCUUCUGAUGUUCGUUGACAAUGGGCUUGCUGCGGGAAUGGGCUUGGAUCUUGGAUGGCAGCAGAGAUAUGUCCGUUUUUGUGGGAGAAUUGUGGUCCUUUCAGUUCUCGUCCUUCUUCUCUAUCCUUUUCUUUGGGUUUGGACAGUGAUUGGCACACUAUGGUUCACUAGUGCUAGGAGCUGUUUGCCUGAGGAAGGUCAAAAAUGGGGUUUUCUUAUUUGGUUGCUUUUCAGCUAUUGUGGACUAGUUUGCAUUGCUUGCAUGUCUGCAGGAAAGUGGCUGACACGAAGGCAUGCACAUAUGCAACGUGCACAACAAGGAAUUCCAAUUUCAGAAUAUGGGGUUCUGGUUGACAUGAUUCGUGUGCCUGAUUGGGCAUUUGAAGCAGCUGGUCAGGAAAUGAGGGGAAUGGGCCAGGAUACUGCAUAUCACCCAGGACUUUACUUAACAGCAACUCAGAGAGAAGCAGUUGAGGCGCUUAUUCAAGAACUUCCGAAGUUCAGGCUGAAGGCUGUCCCAACUGAUUGCAGUGAAUGCCCUAUCUGCCUUGAGGAAUUUCGUGUGGGGAAUGAGGUACGAGGGCUCCCCUGUGCCCACAACUUCCAUGUGGAAUGCAUUGAUGAGUGGCUGCGACUGAACAUAAAAUGCCCUAGAUGCCGCUGCUCUGUGUUCCCCAAUCUGGAUCUCAGUGCACUUUCUAACCUCCGAGCUGACUCUGAGCAGCCCUCAGCCAGUGAGGUGAUGACAGCCAGACGGUAUGUGCGAUCACAGCCUGCAGGCCAGAGCUACCUGCUUCGGUUGCAGGGGCUGCUGCGUGCUGUCCGCACUGAGAGUGCUACUGCUGGUGACACCGAUGACCACCGGGACGUAGACGGCCACACGGACCUAGAGAAUGGAGUUCAUAGAGUGGUUGUUUCUCAGGGUCCAACAAUUGUGGCUGGCCCCUUGAUGUCCAGUGACACAGUUGACCGAGUGCCUGAUCACUGAUCUAUUUUCAUAUAUAACAUCAUUCUUUUUUUUUUUUUAACUUUUCAGGUUCUGUUGUGUAUGUGCGUGUUUUUUUUUUUUUUUGUGGGGAAGGUAGGGGUGGUUGAGCAAGCAGGGCGGCUCCCUAAUGGGAGAUUAUGUCGUGGUCUUCUAUCAAUCUUGCCAAUAUUUUCGAGUAUUGGUUAUAUUUCAAACCUGCAGGAGUUCAUUCUACUUCUGCCACUUGCUGGCUGGUGGACAAAGCUUUCUGAGAUGGUUCUCUACUUCUGUCACUUUUUUGUACCUUUGGUUCUUUUCAGAAUGAGAUCCAAAGCAAGCUUCUCGAUCAAAUAAUAUUCAGGCGGGCAAAUUGAUGAAGGAAACAAGUAUAUUAGUGGUGAGACUGAGUUGUUAAAGAAGCCAAAGCAGGUAAAAGGAAAUGUCCUGUUAAACGACAGGGCAAGCGUGCACAAAAACAGCGGGGAAACCACUUCGAUCUAGUUUCUGAUGGUCUUUCAUUACGAUAUGCUGCUUUGCCGAAGAUGAUGUAGAAAACAAUCAGAACGAUUUGAUCACAAACUUUGUGCCUCAUAAUAACUCCUUUUG